CGUCGCAGGAGAACUUCUUGAUUCCCCAUACUUGCUUCAACCAGCUGCAUAAUUAACUGUUUAGAGCGAUAUCACUGAUAUACAAUACACAUCGACGUUUCGCGUGGUAAAAGACCUUGAAGACUGUGACUGCCCUAUUGUCGCAAACAUGUGCGGUUCAGAUCUCUUCCUUGGAAUUCUCGCCAUCUUCUUCCCACCUGUUUCAGUCUGGGUGAAGGUGGGAAUCUGCACGGCCGACUCAAUCAUCAAUCUCGCCCUUUGCUGCCUCGGCUACGUCCCCGGUCUCCUCCACGCAUGGUACAUAAUUAUCAAAAACCCGGAGCCUGAUGACGAUGAUCCCAACUAUCAAGCCAUCCCUGGCGGUUCGAGCGGUUCGCGACAGGACCCUGAACAAGGGCGCGUGACAUACUACUACGUUUCCCGCGCGCCCUACCAAAACCUUCCUACUGGGAGAACCUACGGUACUGUUGGAAACCAGCCUGGUGCACCAGCUUCCAAGAAUGCGCCUGCUCCCGCACCAUACUCUGAUGAGCCACACGGUGGUGAUGGUGGUCAGGGCAGCAGCGAGGGUCAUGCUCAUGCUCCGCCUACGUAUGCUGAGGCUGUGAAGGGGGAUCAUAAGGUGCAGACGCAGGACUAAGUACUUUGUACUAGUGGUGAGAAAUAUGAAGGAUACCCAUACAUGGUUUUGGCCAGUUCACAAUACCCUUGUAUCUUCACUCGCUUGCUCUUUUCCUUUUGUUUCCGGGUUAAUUAUUUGGAGUUGUAUCGGCAUGGUUUUUGCACUCGGAUGCUUCUUUCACUUUGUGUCUUUCUUUCCUUCUUUUCCCAUAGCUGCCAUCGAGUGGUUGGCCUAUCGUUAAACUUGUUCAUUGAAUUUGUGGGAUCAUGAGUUUGUUAUCUGUCUCGACAUCCAUAGUAUAUUUGUAG